GCCAUACUAUCAAUAUCAGUCCUUGGCCAUGAGUUACAAACUGAUCUUCUUCAAUCACACGAUUUCUUAGCCAACAUGGGAUCGUCAGCUUCCAAAGUUGCAGGCAAGGCUGCCGGAGCUGGUGGUCGAAGACAAUACCCAUCCACCUCGUCCAUCCUUCACAACACAACCCCCACACCCAAUGCCGCUGCUUCGCGUACAAAUGCAACACCUCAGACGACUAGUGCUCCCGCUCCCUCUCAAGUACAUCCCAACCCAGCAUUCGCUCCUCCCGCAGAAGACAAAGAUUCACAGAUAGAACUCGAUGGACGAGACCCUCAAUUCGGGUCCGCCCUGCGCAAGAUCGGAGUUGCCAAACCCGUGUCAGAAACACGACCGCAUGAAGAUGCAUUUCCCACCUCAAGUCAGCCCAUGAACUCUGGCCAGAACAUCUUCCCAACGGGUACCACAAACCCUGCCAUGCAGCUGGUGCAAUCCCGAGAGAGAUUCAAUAAACUGUGGGAAACAGAAGAAGAAAAUCGGGGAAGAGGUACAUUCGCAGGCCGGACCUUGCUGAGUGCCAACGAUAUCAAAGAGGCUUUGACUCUGCGGGAUGAAGGUGGCAGAUCUACCCAGCAGAUUGAAAAGGAUAUGAGGCUAAGCCCGGGCAUCCUGGACAAGUUGGUCGCCAAAGGUAUCAUUGGCAAUGCUUGAAGAAACUUCUCGACUCAAGCGUGAGUGCCGCUAUUAGUCUCGGCAUGUUGUACAUUAAUUUAAUGAAUACUACAAUGGGCAACGCUUGAGAGCAAGUCUAGUCGUCCGUGACAACAUAAUCUGAUGUGAAAGAAAUGCCAGGAACACUAGUAUCAUUUCUUGCAAUA